UAUCCAAAAUUUCCCGAAUUUUCUAACGUAGUGAACUACGCAGGGAGAAGGCGAUUCAAUACUAUCCAGUCAUCUUAACAGAAAGUACGUUCUCCUAGGGAAAGGUGGAUAAAAAUGUCAUUAGUGAAGUCGGGAUACUUGAAACGUCACAGCAAGAGCUUAUUUCAUGGGGGAUGGAAGGAUACUUGGGUUGAAUUGUUUGACAACAGUGAUCUGUGUCUUCACAAACACCAACAUGAUUCUGAAUUGAAAGCCAGAAUUCAUUUGAAGGAUGUAUGUAAAAGGUUUGCUUAUGGCCAGUAUACAGCCGGUUUUCCAGACAGACCCCAUCUUCCCGAAGGUGCAUCCAUUGACAGUCUACUGGCCAUUCCCACCAGAAAUAACAGCAAAUGCAAGGUCUUCUGGUUACUUUGUCAUGAUCCAAAUGAACUCCAUGAGUGGAUGAAUGCAAUUUGCAAAACUCUUCCCCCACCCCCAAGUCCACAGGAGCAGCCUUCAAACCCCCCACCUUCUUACAGUGCAGGUGCACCUGGAGGCAUAGGUUUUGAUGGAGUGUCAGGAGGAUACUAUGGAGGACCUGCUCCUCACCCCCAACAACCUGGUCCUUACCCCCCAGGGCCUCCCCCACAAGGAUAUCCCCAGCAGCCUUAUCAGCAGUAUCCUCAGUAUCAACAGCAGCCAUAUGGUCAACCUCAACAACAGCAAUAUCACGAUAAAGGUUCAGGGGGAAUAUUAGGAGGGCUUGGAGGAAUGUUGGGAGGAAAAGGAGGACAUGGAGGAAUAAUGGGGAGUAAAGGUGGAAAAGUAGCAGCAGGUCUGAUAGGAGGGGCUGCCCUCGGCUAUGGAGCCAAGAAGAUGCUUGGUCAUGGCUGGGGCCUUGGUAGUUUUGGUAGCUGGGGUUCUAUGAGUAGCUUUGGAAGUGCAGGCAGUUUUGGGAGCAUUGGAAGUUUUGAUUAAACAAAGAGAAGCUUUUAAAUUAGAACCUGCACUGCCACUGACUUUAAAUUGUGGAUAAUGUUAUAGCACGUACAUUUUUAUGUUAGUAUUUUUUUUUUACCUUUGUAUUAAAAUCUGUAACAAUGUCUUCAAAGGGUGAUGAAAGGUAGCAUAAGCACUCUUGUGAAAACCCUAAAGCGUAAUUAAGAAUACAUACAUCCAAUUUUUAUGUGUAAACCUUUUCUCUGUAAAAAUUGAAUGAAAUUCACAAAUAUUUAAGAUAUUUCUGGUAUUUAUAUGAAGAUGUUCUAUGCAUGUUAUUUGGUUGCUGUUUAUCAAUGUGAUAUUUGCAUGAGAUUUUUAAUUAUACGUAUGUUCUAGUAUGUUCAAUGGGUUCUGUAUACUGAAUAUCUCACCCGCAGUCAGACAGACUGUAAUACAGGAAUGAGAUAGUUUGGAUUGUUUAAAAUCAGGGUUACACUUGCAGUAAAGUACUGAUACCUGGUAAAACAGAUGUAUAUUGGUUUGUGUUGAUAUAUCUCAUAUUGUAAGCAUAAUCGGUACCAAUUUACUAUUACCAUGCCAUAUUCUAUUUUAAAAAAUCAGGAUUUUUCUGUUUGUUUGUUUGUUUGUUUUUUUGUUUUUGUACUAACAAUUUGUGAUCAGAUUUUUAUACAGAUUAUCGAUGAAUUAACUGUAUAUAUACUGUUUACAUUGAUGAAAUACUGUUUCUUAGUUAGUAUAUACAUGUACCAGUAUUUAUAAAGAUAUAGCAGUACAUAUGCACUUUGUGGCUCAUAUAUGAGCUGUUUGUUUAGGUUUUAUUUUCUUCUCAAGCUUUGUCCAGCCACAUUCAAAUUUAAAAAAUGAACAAUGAAGACUGAUGAGUAUAAAAUUCUGUAAAUCAUGAAGAAAAAAGGGAUAAAUUAGUAUUUUAAUUUUUUUUUCCGGCAUCUUUUAGCAUUUCCAAUAAAAUCAAAAGCACUUAAUUACCAGUUCAUAAUAAAAGAUUACUAUUCUUGAUUAAUGGCACAUGCUAGUACAGCUAUACAAGUAUCUUAUGUAUCAUACAAUAAAUCAAAAUGGUAUAGUUACCAUAAUCAUCACACACACACACACAUAAUAGCAAGAUACAUAAAUAUUGAAUAAAGAAGGGAUAACAAAUGGUAAGGGUCAGCAAAGGAAAUUGUUAUUUUGCUGGCACCACACUAGAAUCUAAUUUUAUAAUUGUUAGGGAUCAUGCAUAUGGUGAAUGAAGACUUGUAUCUGUCAUUUUAUUUAUAAAUGCAAAAUAUUAUUUUGUAUCACAUGCAAUGCAUAGAGUGCCAUUAUGUAAACCUGUGCCAUUUUAGUAACUUAUAUGUACACGUACGAUGUAUAUAUAGUAAAUUAUCUGGUUGUGUUUUAUGUAUUCUCCGUUUACUUUUAUGACUUUUAUCUCUUAAGGAAUUUAGUUUUAAAGUACCAGAAGGACUUUUGACCAAAGAAAAAAACAAACAAUAUAUAUAUUACUGGUGUUCCUUUUUGCUGACAAAUGUAUCUGUUACAAAAGAAAAGUUUGCAAAAAUACUAAGUAUGAAGUCAUUCUUAAGUGGAUUUUAAUCCUGUUCCUAAGAUGGACUAUUGAUUAAUAAUAAUAAAAAAAUAAAAGUAAUUGAAAUUUUAGCAAAUUCUCUCUUUUAUGUGUUAACUUGAAACAUGCCAGUGUCUACAUUGUUCAUUUUGUCCUUGUGGUAUGUAAAUAAAAUGAAGUACCUUGCAACUAUUGUAUGAUGUCUGGUCAACUAGUUUGUGUUUUUUACGUCUAUUUUCUUUUAUUUUUUAUAAACAGUGUAGUAUACAAAUAUUACCUGUAUUUUUUUUCUUACUUUACUUUUGUAUUUCUGAAUUAAGUCAAAUUUUGAACUGUGAUAAAAACCCUUUAAUUAUAGUACAGCUGUGGAAAAAAAAAUGUGUCUUCAAGGGAGCUAACUCUUCAAGUAUAAAAUGUAAUAUUCCUUUCUAACAGAACACUUUGCCUAAAGUAUUCUACAGACUUCAUGAAAUUUGUUUGAUUAACAUAGAAAUGUUCUGAUGUACAUGACAUAACCAAUCUCCAGUGUUGUCAUCAAUAGAGCAGUUUAGAGAUUAUCAUGUUUAUGUUACACUUGUUAUAAAAAAAUCAGAUGCAUGAAUUCGGUUGGUAAAUAUUUUUGGACUUAUUUUGGAUGUACAAUUUGUAAAUGGUGCAAAUAUCAAAUUCCCAAAAUAUGAAAAGUUAAGAAUUUUCUAUUUUCUUGAUUUUUGAAAGGUUUGUAGACAUUAUUGAAAAAUCUUGGGAAAAAAUAAACUUCAUGUGAUUAAAGUUUUACUUACAUAAAUAUAUAUAUUUAGAGCCUAUUUUCUUGAUUUUUGAAAGGUUUGUAGCAAGUAACAAAAUUUCAUAUUGAGAUCUGAAGAAUACAGAGGUAUAAUAUUUGUCAAUGUUAAAGGUUUGAAAGUUUGGAUUAAUACAUAUGUACAGUUAAACCUGUCUAAUCUGACAUACACUGGGAGACAAAUUUUUUGUUGGAAUAGACAGGGUGUCGGAUUACACUGUGUAAAGAACAUGAAAAAUGGUAAAAUGGGAAUGAAAACUAACUUAAGUCGUAACUCACAGUGAAAAGGAUUACACAGGUUUCUGAUUAGAGUUUUCACUGUAUAUAAAAUGAUAGGUAUUAAUGAAUUUCUUGCUGCAUUAUUAAAGCAUAUAUUUAAAUGUUUUGGAAAUUGAAUCUUUGCAUUUUUUUUAUCUGUUCAUGUCUUUAAAUAAAUACAUUUUUCCUUUC